AAGAGAGUUUCAAUCAAUUGUUGUAGUAGAAUGCUAUGUGAACAGAUCCAAAAAGGACGAAUAGCUUUUUGGGCCUUAGGAUUUCUUACCAUGAAACGGAUAUGAGAUUCUAAUAUUUUUUUUCCCAUUAAACGGUACAGUGUCAACAGAGCAAGCAGUAUAUAUCUCUUGAGUUUUAGUAUGUCUACCAUCUUUACGAUUUCAUGCUCCAAUUGACGAUGCCGACUUAAACAAAAGAGAUGGACGAAAUCCGAAGUCUACAAUCUUUUAGUUCAUUUUAUGAUACUAUACGUUUAAAAGAAUACUAAUGAGUAUCCCAAGGUUUGGAAAUCCUCAUGGUGUUAAGUAGUAAUUUUGGUACUCGUAAAAGAAUCUAAAUCAUUUCUCUAAACCUUUAUUUUUUUAUACUAACAACAGUUCUUUGAUACAUCUAUGAUAUACUACUGAGAAUAACUAAAGAUUGACGCUUCCUAUACUUGCGCUAACAUAAUAUAUUGUUUGAAGCAAAUAAAAGUUUCACUCAGUUUUCAUAGGAACAUUUAGAUACAUAAUUUAAUCCAUUUUGUCUUCAGCUAUUUAACUGGAAAAUGUGCUAGUAUUCCCCUGGUUGCUUUUCAGUAUGCUUUCAUCAAUCCUCUUCACUGACUGCGCAUAUUACAAUUUCACAUGGUUCCUCCUACAUCUGGAAAAACACGAUUACCAUGCAAAAUACUCGUUCAUAAUCUCCCGGAAACGCUACCAGAAGAAAUUUUCCUAAAGUCCAUAGCGUCUUUUCAUCCUUUUAUAAACUGGCACCGGUAUCACCAGGGAAAAAGGCAAAAUCCACCUCAACCGAAUAUUCCUUCUUUUGCUUACCUAAAGUUCAAAUCAGAAUCUCACGUUCAUGACUUCUUUCGCUUCUAUCAAGGGCAUGUAUUUGUUGACAAAGAUGAAAAUGUCUACCGUGCUUUGCUACUAGUUGCUCCUUUUCAAAAAGUCCCACCUGUUAAAUCAAAACCCGACUCUUUAAACGGAACCAUUGAAGAUGAUCCCGUCUUUAAAGCUUUUGUGGAUAAGUGGAAUGAGAGUUUAAUACCUCCUCCACCUCCUUCGCCUUCUCAUUACAUACAAAAUACUUCAACUCCGUUACUUCAUUAUUUAGCAGAGAAACGUGGAGCUACCGGGGCUUCUCCGAAACCUACUAAAUCUAAGAAGGAAAAAAAACAAAGGUCAAAAAAAAGCAAGCCGGUAGCUUCUUCCUCGAAACAAGCUUCUCCCAUAGAUCAUUCAACCGGCCAGCCUUCUCAAUCUUUGGAGUCAAAAGAGUCAGUGAAACAAGAUUCAGCUCCUCCAAAACGUAUUGGCAAAAAGAAAUCAAAACCAAAGAAAAACACAAAAGCUCCUGCCUCGUCUACGAGUAUAGCAGACUCAAUACACAAACCAAACGAAAGCGCUAAAGCAGUACCGAAGAAGGUAUCACCCAAAAAAAAGAAAGUUCAAAAUAAACCCGAAAAGGAGUAGAUCUUUUUACAAGAAGUUUCAUGUCCCUUUCCUUCUAUUCAAUUGCCAUAUGUUAAACUUGUUUGUCGUUGUUAUUUAUACUCACUAUAAAUAUAGAUAGUUAUAAACUGUUAUAUCCACUUAUACACAUCUUACAUGCACCAUCAAUAC